UGACUUGUUCUUCUUCCAGUUCAAAGAACUCCUUUUUCUCCCAUCUGUAUAUAUGAAGAAGCAAUCCAAGAACAAUAAUAUAUACAUAUAUACAUACAUAUGUAGUGGCCCAUCUAUCAGAAGCUUGCUUAACUUUCAGAGCUAGCUAUUAAUUAUAUUAAUCUUCUUGGAGUUUGAAAGCCAAUCAAUCAAUCAGCCAUGGCAGCAGCUUGUGGGUUUCUUCUGGUGGCUUCAGUACUUCUGAUAUCUUCCUUGGCAGAGACUUGCUAUGGUGUCACCUUCUCUUCCCUUAACAGAACUCUUCUGCUCACCGCAUCACCCACUCCUGGACAAGUUCUAAAAGCUGGUGAAGACCAAAUCACAGUGGCAUGGUCCUAUAACAAGACCUUCCCAUCUGGGACAGACUCAACCUACAAGACUGUGGUGGUCAAGCUAUGCUAUGCCCCUAUAAGCCAACUAGACAGGGCCUGGAGGAAGACACAAGACAAUCUGGAGAAGGACAAGACCUGCCAAUUCAAGAUUACUUCUAAGCCAUACAGCCCAUCAAACAACUCCUUCACCUGGGCCAUUGAGAAGGAAAUCCCAACUGCAACUUACUUUAUAAGGGCCUAUGCCAUCAACUCACGGCAUGUUGAAGCUGCCUAUGGCCAGACCACUGAUGCCCACAAGGCCACCAACUUGUUCCAGGUUCAGGCGAUCUCUGGGCGCCACGCGUCGCUUGACAUUGCCUCGGUCUGCUUCUCAGCCUUCUCGAUCCUGUCGCUGUUCGGGUUCUUCUACAUGGAGAAGAGAAGGGCAAAGUUGGCACAACAGAAGUGAGGAGAAGAUGAGGGAAAGGUUGUGAUACUGGGUAGUUUGUGUUGUGCUGGUAGAAGAAGGAUGUAGUGUUGCUUAAUGCUUAGAUUGUGGGAAUUGACUUUCUUAUCUUUGUUUGUUUCUCAAGAAAGUGAGAGAAAACAAUGUCAAUGUGAUAGGGAGAAUAUGACCUUUCAAAUAUUAUAAACCAUUUCUUUUGGAAAAA